AACCGGUCCCAGCGUGCUUUGCACUCCCACCGUAUAAAAACAUGGCAGCGCUCACGGCCCCUCCCUGAUCCCGGCAUGCAUCGGGGGAUAGGCCUGGCCUUUCAGUUGCGCGGGAAGAUGGCGGUCGCUGGCGCAGAGCCGCAGAUCCUGGUACAGUACCUGGUGUUACGAAAGGAUCUAUCACAGGCGCCGUUUUCCUGGCCAGCGGGCGCACUGGUAGCACAGGCUUGUCACGCAGCCACCGCGGCCUUGCACAUUCACCGGGACCACCCGCACACGGCCGCUUACCUCCGGGAGCUGGGGCGCAUGCGCAAGGUGGUCCUCGAGGCCCCAGACGAGACCACCUUAAAGUUGCUGGCAGAGACGCUGCAACAGAAGAACAUUGACCACAAGCUGUGGGUGGAGCAGCCAGAGAACAUCCCCACUUGCAUUGCACUCCGUCCCUACCCCAAGGAAGAAGUGAACCAGUAUUUGAAGAAGUUCCGAUUGUUCAAAUGACUGAAGUUAUCAAUUGCUUUGAUAUGUUUGAAUAUCAGCUGGAUCCAGAAACUGCACGCUGUCCAUCCCUAAGCACCGUGUACUCCUUUCAGUGGCAAUUCCCUUCCCUUUAAAUUAUGACAGUUUCUUGAGGGUCAAAACAUGUUCAUAUUAAAGUUGUCAUUAAUAAGUAUUUUUAAUUAUAAGUUCAGAUGGGGAAAGUAGGAGAGUAGCAUUAUCAUCAUCUAUGAGUCAUUGCUCAAAUAGAAGAUUUGGUUAGACUCCUAUAUAGGGAUCAAGGAAAUACCCUUACUUUUUUGUUAGGAAUAAUAGAGUUCUUCCAAUUACCCAGGUUUAAAACUUUUCCUUUGAAUUCCCUAUUUCUUACUCACAUCCAGGUAUUGUAAUCAUUGAAUCUUGGACACCAUCAACUUUAAGAUACACCAUUAUUUUACGUGUUGUUAAGAAAGAAGAAAUGCUGCCAAUUAAGUUGAGACAUGUAAUUUCAUUUCAAAGAUGUUAAAAUUUUAUUUAUUUGAUUUAAUAAAAUAUGUCAAGUACUACA